CCGGAAGUGCUCCGAUGCAUUGUACGAGCUCUCGGCGCCUGUCGCUUCGUGUUUAAUGUUAAUAAACUGCGCGGUUUUAUUUUUUAUCGCUUCCUAAUAAAAUAAACUGCUUUAUUAACCGCGGGGUUCCGGGAGACUGCAGUGUACAGCGGUGUGUUCGGAUAUGAGGCAGUAAACGCGCUUAUUUGGUCAGUUCAGUAGUUUUGUGUGGAGUUUUUCCCCGCUGUCGCUAUGCUAAGCUAAAUCAAAACAAUCACCGCCUUCAGCUCCGGCGCCAUUUUCAUCAUUUACACUCCGGCACUUCGUGUAACAUCUCGGUGCAGGGAGGAGGUUUAGAGAUUUAGUUUCAGGUGUGUGUGUGUGUGAGAGAGAGAGAGAGAGUGUGUGUGUGUGUGUGUGUGUGUGUGUGUGUGUGUGUGUGUGUGUGUGUGUGAGAGGAUUAGCGCAGCCCUGUAACUGACACAGACUGAAUCAGACCCGGAAGCUGGUGUCGGUUCCGGUGUCGGUUCCUGUGUCAGCCCCGGUGUGUGUGAUGAUGAACGGGUUCAGCACGGAGGAGGAAAGCCCCGAGGGCCCGGGUCUGACCCCGCUGUUCCCGCAGAGCUGCUGCUGUCUGCUGGAGGGAGGAGAGCGCUGCGGCCGGCCCGCGGGAAACGCCUCCUUCAGCAAGAGGAUCCAGAAGAGCAUCUCUCAGAAAAAACUCAAGCUGGACAUCGACAAGAGCGUCAGACACCUGUAUAUCUGUGACUUCCACAAAAACUUCAUCCAAAGUGUGCGCAACAAGCGAAAGAGGAAAACCAGUGAUGAUGGAGGAGAGUCUCCUGAUCACGAUGUUGAAGUUCCAGAGGUGGAUCUAUUUCAGCUGCAGGUGAACACACUGCGCCGUUAUAAACGACAUUACAAAAUCCAAACCAGACCUGGACUCAACAAAGCCCAGCUGGCAGAGACGGUGAGCCGUCACUUCCGGAACAUUCCGGUGAACGAGAAGGAAACGCUCACAUACUUUAUUUAUAUGGUGAAGAGCAGUAAGAGCCGACUGGACCAGAAAUCAGAGGGAAGCAAACAGCUGGAGUAACAACAACGACCCCCUUUUCAGCAGAUACACACACGUCUCUGCUGAUGUACUUAAUGACUGCUCACAGACUUCAAUGUGAAUAUUAACCUGUUUAUACAAACACACUAUUAGUUGAGAUCAGCGCUGUGGGCGGAGCUUGUCUGUUGUCUGCCAGUCUGUCUGUCCAUCUAAUUUUAAUGACCCUCAUGUUAACUGUUAUUCUCAUGUUUCUGUGACAAAACUGCUAAUUAUCACGGGAUGAAUCUGAGCUGAGUUCAGCGUGUGGUGCGUUCUGAUUAGUCUCUUAUUAACAUUAAUAACACUUCACUAUAACACUGAGCAUCGCUCAACAUUCAGAUGGAAUUAGUUGUUUUCUUUAACAUCCUGUUUCUUAGAAAACUUUUAUUUGUCCCCUGAUUUAGUGCACAGUGUUUGCUUCUGCUCUUCCACCAUUUUCUUUAUUGCUAAAAUCUUCUUUCUGGAUGAAGCUUCCACAUAACGAUAACAAGCUCAACAUUUUAUCACAAUCUAUGAUACUGUUGCAGUGUUGUAUUUUAAAACAAAUGCGUGUUCUUCUGUAUCUCUUGUCACUGGACAGGAGUUUAACCUUAAAUGGACUUUUCUUAUUUGAGAUUUCCUUAAAGGGGCGGGGCUACAGUUCUGUGUUUUUAAAUCUGAAAAUAAACACAUGCUACUUUAAA